AUGAGCAGCAACAGCCAGAAAAAUGUCAAACUCUGUGGAUAUCAGAAUCAACCUGCACCGACGACCAGUCAAGUAUGCAAGCCUUGGCAGGUCAUACCCAAUCAGUCCUUCACAUUGCAGCUCGGAAAGAAAAUGUAUCGCCUGCUUUUGGACCGCGGUGCCGAUGUCAAUUUACAAGAUUGUGACGGCCGCACGGCGUUACAUUUAGCAACAGAGCGUGGACUGGAGGCCAUGGUAAGGCUCUUAUUAGAAAGAGGCACAGAUACAAAGGCGGACUACAAUGCUGGGCAAAGUCCUCUUUCCGAUGCAUCGAUGGAUAUUGGAAAUGGAGCGCUAGACUUGGCUCCCCUGAGCUUGCCGAUAGACGUUAACUGCAAGGACUUUAUGGGCCGUACAGCGCUUCAUGUUGCGGUUGAAGGGGGAUUCGAGUCCUUGGUUCAUUUGCUUCUAGAUCACGGAGCGAACAUCUCUGCUUGA